CGCACGCACACACACACACACACGCUCACACACUACAGUCACGCGCGCGCCCAGUGAGGGAGGAGGGUCUCCGCGCGCUCACUUCCCAGUUUCAUUGACUUCAUCUGAAACUCAAAUGAACUUUAGUUUUAUUUUUUUUAUUUUAUUUUCUCUCUCUCUCUCUCUCUUCCCAUUUGCUUCCACCCGGCUUCACCUUUCCUGCCUGUCACACAGACCCAGAGCCUCGUGCGCUCCUCCAGCCCGGUUUCACGCGCGAGACGGUUAACGGACCCGCGAGCAACAGGAGGUUUCCACGAGCGCGUCACGCCGGGAAACCAGAAGGAUUUAGCGGACACCUUUUGGAACACACUGCGGCUGUUUGGUACCGGGUUCACAUCUGCCGCCCGGAGGAAGCCCACGAAUCCAACAUCUGCCCGGUAGCCCACCGGACCCACAGUCUGACCCGGGAUAUCUGCUGUCUGACUCGGGAUAGCGUCUGUCCUCCAUCAUGUGUCCUUCAGCGGGCAGCGUGUCUGCGAGCUGCAGCCCGGUCCUGUUCAUGGUCCUGGUCCUGGUCCAACCCACAGCAGGAUACAGUCUGGAUCAGGACCACAGUCUGGAGUUCAGCGGCCCCUCCUCGUCCAUGUUUGGGUACUCAGUCCUGCUGCAUCGCCAUGGAGCCCAUAGAUGGUUGGUGGUUGGCGCCCCGGUGGCAAACUCAUCCUCCAGCCCGUCGGUGCGAUCUCCAGGAGCCGUGUACCGCUGCAACAUCACUGCCGAGUCCCGCCGCUGCCACCCCAUGCACGCCGACGUUCCGAAAUGUGGGAAGACGUGUGAUGCAGAGAGCGAUCACCAGUGGCUGGGAGUCAGUCUGUCCAGACAACCUGGUGUCAACGGAGGACACAUCCUGGCAUGUGCUCACCGCUGGAAGAAUGUCUUCUACUCAAAGAAAGAUGGUCAGAACCACAAGCUGCCUAAUGGAGUCUGUUAUCGCUACGGAAACGACAUGAGACACGCCCUACCCAUCAUUCCCUGCUACAGAGACCACCAGAGGAAGUUUGGUGAGGAUUAUGGGUCGUGUCAGGCCGGCAUUUCCAACUUCCUGACAGAGGAUCUGAUCAUCAUGGGGGCCCCGGGGACGUCUUAUUGGACGGGUUCAGUUCUGGUCUUCAACACGUCCAGCGGGGGGAUGUCGGUGUACCUGGACGACGAAGCUGGAGCCGUCGGCUUCGGAAGCUACCUAGGUUACGCCGUUGGAGCCGGCCCCUUUUUGAAUCCCGGUACUGUGGAGGUGGUGGGUGGAGCUCCGCAAUACAACCAGAAGGGCAAGGUCUUCAUCUUCACUAUUGACAGCAAAAUGCUGCGAGUCGUCUCUGAGGUGUCCGGAAAACAGCUGGGAUCUUACUUCGGCUCCAGCGUGUGCGCGGUGGAUCUGAACGCUGAUGGGUUGUCAGAUCUGUUGGUCGGCGCUCCCAUGGCAACGGGCGUCACUAGGGAGGAGGGAAGGGUCCAUGUGUACAUCAACCAGGGGAAGGCGAAGCUGUUGGAGGCGGAGUUUCAGCUGAGUGGCAGCGAUGCCUACGCCGCCCGGUUUGGAGAGACCAUCGCCGACCUGGGAGACUUAGACGACGACGGUUACCCCGAUGUGGCGGUUGGUGCUCCACAGGAAGACGACCUAAAAGGAGCCGUCUACAUUUACAACGGAAGGGAGGAUGGCAUCUCACCAACUCCAUCUCAGAGGAUCACUGGAUCCACUCUGGGUCGUAACCUCAGGAUGUUUGGCCAGUCGCUGAGCUCUGGCAUUGACAUCGACGAUAACGGCUACCAAGAUGUGGCGAUUGGUGCUUUCCUCUCAGACUCUGCCGUGGUUCUCAGGACCCGUCCGGUGAUUCAGGUGAAGGCAUCGCUGAUUCUGCCCGAUCAGAUUGACCAGCGGCUGGCGCUGUGCCAAGAACACAAGACUCCAACUGUCUGCUUCAAUGUUACCGUCUGCUUCAGUGUCAAGUCCAGGCAGUUCAGAGGAGCUAUAGAUCUUCAAUAUAAUUUGACCUCUGACCUCCUCCAUAAACCAUCCUUCCCUCAUCGUUUCUAUUUUCAUGGCAACGGGUCAUCCAAUAGCACAAGGGGGCGUGUGAGAGCCCGACAUGGCCAGCUCACUUGUACAACACACGUAGCUUACCAAAGGAAAGAUGUGAAGGACAUUUUUACUCCGGUCAAGUUUGAGGUUUCUUACAGGCACAAAGAAACAAACACCCAUAAAGCCUCUUCCAAAACCUUCCCUCCUUUAAAACCCAUUCUGCAGCAGAGUGCAGGACACCAGAACACUAUCACCAAACAGACUUGGUUUACUCGUUCCUGUUUGCUGGUGAACUGUUCGACCAACAUGCAGCUGUCUGCUCAACUAGUGCUGCCACAUGAGCAGCAGUAUUUUGCCCUCGGCUCUGGACAGACGAUCAUGUUGAAAACCUCGCUGCUGAACUCCGGAGACGACGCCUUCCUGCCGCGACUGACGCUGCGCUUCCCCGACAACAUCCACUACAUUAAAGUACUGCAGAACCAGGACAAUGUGGUCAGUUGUGAUGUCACACAGGAAGUCAACAGCACGACGGCAGGUGUUGACUGCAGCGUCAGCAGCCUCCUGCUCCCAGCCAACGCACAGUUGAAUAUCAAUUUCCUGUUGGACGUCAACCAGAACAGCACACCUGGUGACAUCACCAUUCACGUCGACAUUGGCAGUGAUAACUAUGAGAGGGAAGAGUAUCUCUAUGACAACUCCGUCAGCCUCCUCCUCCCUCUCAAAUACGGAGUCAACGUUAACAUCCACGGUUUUGUGACUCCCACCUCAUUUGUGUUUGGAGAUGAAGACACGACUCCGGUCGACUGCUACUCUGAAAGAUUCAACUACACGUACAAGGUGUUAAACUCUGGUCCCAGCAGGUCUGUAGACACCGUGGUGGACAUCAGGCUCCCGAAGAUCCUCACACCUAACCGACACAGACUGCUGCAGGUGGUGGACUGGCAGUCGUCUCACGGCGCGUGCUCCAUCAGUGACACGACUGUUUCGGUCCUCGAGGACUGCGAGGUGCCUCAAGCGUCCUUCAUCAAACAGCUCAUCUUCUUCUUCUCCUCCACCUCCACCCGCAGAAUGUUCUGUGGCCGUAGUGAUGAGCUGUGUGAGCGCUUAGUGUGUCGUCUCGGUAACCUGGAGGCGGGGAGAGAUGCCUUCAUCCAACUGGAGAUCAGACUGAACCCUGCUGUACUACUCCAAGCUCCGGGUCGUCACGGCGUCAUGAGGCUGGAGAGCACAGCCACGAUGUCACAUCCCAGAGAAGGUCCUCACACCGUCUUCAUCACCGAACAACCGGCCGCACAGGUGGUGGUAGAAGCUCUUUUUACCCAGAAACCCUCAACAACAGUCAAAGUCUUCAUCAUCGUCGUCAGUUUAGUUUUGGGUCUGAUGAUCCUGGCUGCUCUCAUCUGGUGUCUGUGGAAGGCUGGUUUCUUUAAGAGGGAGUUCCAGAAGAAAGAAGAGGAGGAGGAGUUCAAGAGAGACAGCUGGGACUACGUCCCUAAAAACGACAAAAAAGAGAGCACUUCAUAGCGCCGGCUGUCUCCUCUGGCCACGACCUCUGACCUCUAACCAUAGGAUGAAGGAGUUCACAUUGGGACAACAGUGCAACAGUUUCAAUGAGACAUGUGUGCUGACGGAUGGAUGGAGUGCUGCUUAUGAAAAUGUGGCAAGCCGAUUUGCCUAAAACAGUAGAACAUUACUGCUGUUGAGCGUCGUCGGCCAAUGAAAUCCGUCCAGAACGAGUCAGCUGAUCUGACGCAUACAAAAGUGAGAGUGAGAGUGAGAGUGAGAGUGUGAUGGCUGACAACAUGUCUCAAGUGAACGCCUCCUUAACACACCUGAACCUGAAGCUUAUCUUUCAAAACUAUUUCACCAGAUGUGCCUUCACAAAUAAUAAGUUCAAUGACUUGAAAAAGACUGCAGCGGUGGAUGUAUGA